AAGUAUUAUUUAAUCUUAUCUUAUCUUAUCUUAUAUGAGCACGAUCGUGGCCAAUCGCGCUAAUUAACCUAUGGUAUAAUAAAUUCGCUUUAAUUUAUAUUAAAUAGCCAGUGUUUUUAUUGUCAUCUCUUUUUUUAUUAUUGGUCAACGCAGCAUCACCAGCAGGAUAAAAUUGCUCCAUUAUUCUUAUUUGGUCAUAAGGAAUACAUUAGAGUUUGCCUUACUUUUUCAAUUUUUACAUGUACAUGAAGUGGCACUCUUUUUCACACACUAUACCAGUAGGUAAUAUCUCCAACCGGAGGCUGUUUUCAUGAAGUAAACUCACAAAAAACAUAGCAUAAUAUACACAUUAAUGAUAUACAGAGUACAUGCAUGUGUUUCCAAUUUUAUGGUGAAGUCUCCAUCCAUACAAUUUGUUUGUUGAAUUCAGAUCAGUAAAUGGAUGCUCAAAAGCAGAAACGGCUUCAAAGAUUACCAGUUCUGCAUGUGAAAGGGAACCAUUUUGAUGUAGGAUAUGUGACUGGAAGUACCUUCGCUGAACAUAUUCGUCUGUAUAUGUGUGGUGAUGUAGAAUCUGCCAAAAUAGUACAAACCUUUUAUGACUCACCUGAUGGUCGCCAAUUAUGUGAUAUCCUCCGCAAAAAAGGAGAAGACAACUUUCCUCAGUAUAUUGCUGAAAUUCGUGGCCUGGCCGCAGGUGCCGGAGUAUCCUAUGAAAAAAUGUUCCUUCACAACAUUGCAUAUGACAUUGCAUCUACUUACGUGCGCCCAGAUAUUGCUCAAUCUCUGUCACUGCACAGUGUGAAGGCAGAGCCUGUGCAUCACAUUUUAGACCAUUGCAGCACCAUUCUGCUGAACCAACCAGGAAUCAAGGUCAUGGGUCACAAUGAAGAUGGCAGCGAAGUCCUUCACCGUUAUGCCUACAUGGUGUCUGCUCAGAUUUAUGAUCCAGAUUUUCCACCUAUCUUCCCUUGCAAACAAAAUAUCAGUGAAAAUAAAGAAGACAAAAGUGAAGGUGCUUCUAUGGGCAGCACAGACGAAUUUACUGCAUACUGUUAUCCAGGAUUGCUUCCCGGCGUGGCCUUCAGUUUCAAUGGCCAUGGUUUGGUGUUUGGUAUCAACUAUCAGUAUGUUGACAUUGCCCCUCUAGGCACACCACAUCUCUUCAUCAUGCGCAGUUUACUUAGUGCAUCUUCCAUAGAGGAGUGUCACCACCUCCUGGAGAACAAGAACCGAGGAGGAGGAAAUCUUGGCUUCAGUGUCAACAUUGCAGACGUGAAAAAUCAAGACACUAUGUGGUCAGCUGAAGUGCAGCCUGGUGUAAAUAAUAAUACAGUACAUAUACACCCAGUUCCGGAAGGCAUUCCAAAUAGCUCAGAGAAAAAAGGGUAUUAUUUUCAAGCCAACAGCUUCCAGCACCUUCCCAACUCAAAACUGUCUUCAAGACUUAAGUCACCUCUGGCAAGGCUGGCUCGUGCAGCUGAAAUGUCACCAUUUUUGACAAAGCAAGACGUGUUACAAGCACUUGGAGACACAAAAAACCAAGAUACUCCUAUUUUUCGGAGCAUCAGGCAGCAAGACUUGUGUGACACAGCCGCCACAGGUUUAUUUGAUCUAAAAGAGCAACGCCUGGAUUUGUAUUUAGGCAACCCUACAAAUACCUUACCAUUGCUAUCAUUCCCGAUCAAAUACCCACAUUAACCAGGUUUUAAAAAUGCAAUCUUUUUUGUUACUAGGUGUGAGCUCUUCUUUCAAAUCAAACUUUAUUGUCUGUCCGAGGAAGUCCAAGACAGAAUUUUUCUUUUGCUCACAAACCCAACCACAUAUACAAACAUAAUAUGAGCACAUAUAUAUAUAUACACACACA